AUGGACGCGGCGGCGGCUCCGGGCGCCGCGGCGGGAGGGCAGCAGCAGCAGCAGCCCGCGCCUCCCCGGGCGGAGCGGCUCAACGGGGAGGUGCAGAGCCAGCUGAACCUGGAGGGCAUGCGGGCGCGCGCGGUGGGGCUCUACAAGGCCAUCUCCCGCAUCCUCGAGGACUUCGACGCCAUCGCCCGCGUCAACCCCAGCGGCUCCCCCAAGUGGCAGGACGUGCUCGGGCAGUUUUCCAUGGUGAGCAUGGAGCUCUUCAACAUCGUGGAGGACAUCAAGAAGGUGAACAAGGGGUUCGUCGUGUACCCCAGGAACGUCAACGCCGAGAACGCUGCAAUAUCACAUCAUGUUUCCUGCUUGACCUGCGUGUGUAUCGCAGUACUGCCUGUAAUGCUGUCGUCAAAGCUCUUACCGGAGAUGGAAGUUGAGGAAACUACAAAGAGGGAACAGUUGUUGUCUGGAAUAACGAAUCUGCCCGUGCCUUCUCAAAUGGAAAAGUUAAAGGCUCGGAUAGACAUGAUUGCGAAUGCGUGUGAAACUGCUGAGAGAGUAAUCGCUGAGUGCCGUAAGACUCAUGGUCUAGGAGCCCGUCAAGGGGCAAAUCUUGGUCCUAUGUUGGACAAGGCACAAGCUGCAAAGAUACAGGAGCAGGAAAGUCUACUUAGAGCGGCAGUAAAUUAUGGUGAAGGAUUACGGGUAUCGGGAGACCAAAGGCAGAUGCAUUCAUCUCUUCCUAUCCAUCUAAUGGAAGUACUUGCUACUGGAGACGGGGCUCAUAAUUUUGGUGAUAAUUCUGGCGCCUAUCCCAAAAAUACACCAGCAUUUUCACCUAAUAAUGUCAGCGCCCAGGGAAAUCCAAUGCAGGCAUCUGGAGGACAAUUACUUGGCAGAUCUGCUCCAUCGCCUGGAACUGCCGGAACCCCUAAUUUUGAAAAUGUGUCUACUCCUCCAAUGCCAUAUGCUAACUCCCCUAGGUCAGGCACCAAUAUGAUGAAUACCCCUUCACCACAGCAACAUCUGACACCACAGCAGCAGAGGCAAAAGCUGAUGCAAGCAUCUCAGCAACAGCAGCAGCAGCUGAGGCCAUCAGCUGCUGGGAUGCUAGCACAGAGCUCGGUUCCUCAGUUACAAGAUCUACAGGGACAAGCUCAGCAAAAAGUUGCUGGCCAACAGCAGAUGCAGUACAGCCAAGCACAAGCCUUGUCACAGUUUCAGAAUAGGCAGAUGCAGGCUGCACGCAUGCAGCCAGGCAUGUCUCAGAGCCAAUUGAACCAAGGAAAUCAGUUAAGAAGCCAUUUGGGCCAGUUCACUGGAGCUGCAAACAGUGCAAUGUAUACUGCUGCACAGGCAUCUUCAAACUCACAAAUGAUGGCAAACAUACCUGGGACUAUGCAAACAAUGCAGUCACAGUCAAUGAUGCCGCAAAUGCAGCAGUUUGGUUUGACUGGUGGGCAUCCUCAGAGGAGUCAUCAAAUGAUGACCGACCAAAUGUACGGCAUGGGAGGCGCAAAUACCACGAGCAUGAUGGGAAUGCAAAUGCAGCAGCAGCAGCAGCAGCAGCAGCAGCAGCAACAGCAGCAGCAGCAGCAGCAAGGGCUAUACGGGAACAUGCAAGGAGGCGGUCAGAGCUUGCAGCAGCAGGGCAUGGUGGGCCUUCAGAACCAGCAGCAGAACCAAAUGCAGAACCAGAUGCAAAAUCAGAUGCAAAACCAGCUGCAGAAUCAGAUGCCGAACCCGAACUUCCCCCAGCAGAGGCAGCAAAACCAGCAAUGA